UCCGCUUCAGACACACCUACAGGCCAAUUACGUCUUAUUCCUCAGAUUAUGAACGCGAACAAGUCCGGACUGGAAUAUGGGUGCGACAAAAGAAAGGAGGCGUUGCAGUUGUGUUCAUGCGAAUCGUGAAACAAAAUCUGCUCAGUAUUUGCCGUCCACAAUUAGGCAAUAGAUCCGUUGUUAUAAAUCGGCUAUAGUUUGUCGCACAUCUUAAUCGCAAAUUACUUUAAGUCUCUUUUCAUUAACAGUAAACCGAGUCUCGCACGUACACGUGUUUAGAAGAUUUCGAAGUUAGGGAAGACGGUGGAGGUAUGUGUGUGUGAGCACAGUUGACCUGCACUUAAGGGAAUUUGCAAUGUGCAGCCGGGCGCUGGAACCAUAAGAAUAUACAGUCAUGCGUCGAUUCAGCUCUGAAGGGUCUCUGCAGGACUUGGAAUUCUUGUCUUGGAAGAGGGCAGCUUUGAAGGAUGACAUCCAUGAUGAGGAAGUUCAGGAGGACACAUAUAAGCACCUGUCACACCUUGGGAAUGAGACAGCCAGGGAAACAGUAACCUUUCCAUGCACCCCGGCUGUGCUGGAGAGUGCCGGGGGCAGGUCUGUGCUUACUAAAGAGCACAGCGUUAGCGUGGAGACCCUGACCAAUCUGGACAACAUGUCCUCUGGUUUCCUUCGGGUAACGGCCCUUAAUGAAAGCUUCAAAGCCUACAGUGACAGCCAGCUAACUGGACGUGCCACAGACAGUACUGACAGUAUGGGAAAGGAGGAGGAUACCGUGCCAUCUCCCUCAUCUAUGGCCAGUCACUGUUGCUUCCAAACUCCUGAGUCCCAAACCCAUCGAUACCAUGUAAUGUCAAAGCUGUCAGCUGCCAAACUGCAUCUGAAGAGUCUAUUUGGGCAGAGUCCACAGUCCUCCCAUUCAAAUCUUGCAGCUGCAGAGCAAAGAGACCAAGAAAACAGUGUCAAAGAGAAGCGGUCUCGGUUCCGAAAGCAGUGGAGCCAGGUGGGUCACGGCAAGACACGCCUCAGCAGGCAGGAGGUGGAGAAGUGGGCAGAGUCUCUCCACGCCCUGCUGGACAGCAGAGUGGGCGUGUCCGUGUUCGAGGCAUUCCUCCGCUCCGAGUUCAGUGAAGAAAACCUCCAGUUCUACUUGGCCUGUGAGCAGUACAGACGCUCGUCCAACACCUUCAGCCUGCAGAGGCGUGCAAAGGAAAUCAUCGCCACCUACAUACAGCCCGGUGCUCCCCGAGAGAUAAACCUGGACUUUAAGACUCGGGAGCUGACGCUACAGCUCCUCAAGGCACCCUCUCAUAACUCCCUCUGCCACGCGCAGCAACGCAUCCGCUCCCUGCUGGACACAGACUGUUACCCACGUUUCCUCCAGUCCAACAUCUACCUCACGCUCUUGAGUGAUGGCUACUAGACCCAGGAUAGAACAGUGUGAUUAUGGACUGAACGGCUUUUAAUUGGCUGAUAUGGCGCAGCUGCCUGUUGAUGGGCAGGUGCCUGAAAGGAUAAGUGCAAUGAUGCUAUGUCAGCUGGAAGACUUGUGAAAAUCAUAAAAAACCAAUUGAUGGAGUAAAUAAACUACUGUUUUUACCCCCUCCAAGAUUUUUAAUAUAUUGCUGAAAAUGAAACUGAUGAGUGAUUGCAGUGAAUGGAAAAGUCUGAUCUUGUCUUAAGUGCAUGUUUAUUCCAAAGGGCCAAUUACCCUGAAGUCCUGGCCUUAGAGAGAUAUGCACACAACCUUGUAAUCAUUAAACAGAUCUAGGGCCCAUCACCCCUGAGUGAGCAGAAGCCAGGCUGACAGGAAAGGAAAAACUCGUCUGGCAAGGUUGGGCUCUCAUCACAGCACUUGCUGUGCAGUAUCACUGUGGGAAACAAUCCUUUGUUUGGGUCAGUGCAAGAUGCUGAUGUAAACAAGGAGUAACCUUUUGAAGCCUUACUCCAAGUAAUCGGUUUGGCAGUUUUCCUGAAAUUUCUUCCUACACAGUCCUACAAGUCUGUUUUUCAGAAUAAGUUUGUUGAUAGUUGUGUUACCUAAGGUACCAGGGUUGUACUGUGUUUGUGCCAGUUCAGAACA